AUGAAGAAAAGCCAUGGAAAAGCCUUGGGGCUGUGGGAGCUGAUAAGUCUGCAGAGCUACUUUGCUGCCUGUGAAGACGAGACGCCGGCCAUCAGAAACCAUGACAAGGUCCUGCAGCGGCUCUGUGAACAUCUGGACCAUGCUCUGCUAUAUGGCCUGCAAGAUCUUUCCUCAGGUUACUGGGUGCUGGUCGUUCACUUCACCCGCCGGGAAGCCAUCAAACAGAUAGAAGUGCUUCAACACGUGGCCACCAACUUGGGACGCAGCCGGGCAUGGCUGUACCUAGCCCUCAAUGAAAAUUCCUUGGAGAGCUAUUUGAGGCUGUUCCAGGAGAAUCUAAGCCUGCUGCACAAGUACUAUGUCAAGAACGCCCUAGUUUGCAGUCACGAUCAUCUGACCUUGUUCUUAACACUGGUGUCUGGGCUGGAGUUCAUCCGCUUUGACUUGGAUCUAGAUGCUCCUUACCUGGAUCUGGCCCCGUACAUGCCAGACUACUACAAACCUCAGUACCUGCUAGACUUUGAGGACCGCCUGCCCAGCUCUGUGCAUGGCUCAGACAGCCUGUCGCUCAACUCCUUCAACUCGGUCACUUCCACCAACCUGGAAUGGGAUGACAGCGCCAUCGCUCCAUCCAGUGAAGAUUAUGAUUUUGGAGAUGUCUUUCCAGCAAUGCAGACCAUGCCCAGCAGAGACUGGGAAGACGGAGACCUCACAGACACACUCAGCUGCCCGCGCUCCACUGCCUCGGAGGCCAACGGCAGCAAGGCCUCCGUGAAAAGCCCAACACAGCGCUACAACCCCUUCAAUGAAGAGAAGGCCGAUGUGCCGUCCUCCACCGAGACCACGCCGGUGCACUCAGCUUCCCAGGAGAAGGCAGAAGCCACCCCUGAAGGAACAGAUCAGUCUGAGAGCUGCACAGAGCUGGAGGUCAUCAGGUUAGCCAAGAAGAAGAAAACAGGCAAGAAGAAGAAAGCAAAGCCUGAGGAGCCGGUGAACACCCCUGCGCCCAUAGUGCCUGAAACCCAGCAGGCCAGUGGAGACAGCGGCGUGAACGGGCUGAGUGACAGAGAAGACCCGCAGAGAGACGAUGGUCUCGCUGCCCCGGCUGGUGAACCAAGCCCAGGCGGGCAGGAGGAGGGUCGUGAGCGCUCUGCCCUCAGCCAGCUGGCUUUACGCAUCCCCGAGAUGAAGGACACAUCCAUGGAGAGCGUGGGGCAGCCGCUGAGCAAGGUGAUGGACAGACUCAACGGGCAGCUGGAUCCCAGCGGCUGGAACGCCCCCCUCGAGCCUCCUGGGCAGUCCUUUCGGACUGGCAUGCCAGGGGAGACCCCAGAUGGAUCGUCCUCUGGCGACUUUAGUGAGGGGAUUUCAGCCCCCAUGGACUUCUACCGAUUUACCGUCGAGAGUCCAAACACUGCUGCACCAGGUGGUGGCCACCAUGACACUCCAGGGCCUGGCCAACCGCCACAUGUUUCUGGUAGCCCUGAGGCUCCUGAAGAAGAAGAAAGCAGAGAGGGAGAAGCAGUUGGGGCAGUAGAGGAGUCUGGAGGGGCGAGUGAUGAACCCCAAACUGACCAGACAGAAACUGCCAACCCCCAGGCUCUCCAUGAGCCGAAGAAGGAGCAGCCCAGCCCUUCCCCAAGCAGCGCUGAGGACUCUGGUGUGGAAGAAGGGCAGGGCAGCCCUUCGGAGCUGACCCAUCCCUCCGAGUUCAGGGUGGAUAACAACCAUCUCCUCCUGCUGAUGAUCCACGUCUUUCGGGAGAACGAGGAGCAGUUGUUCAGGAUGAUCCGAAUGAGCACCGGGCACAUGGAGGGGAACCUGCAGCUGAUCUAUGUCCUGCUGACGGAUUGCUACGUGUACCUGAUCCGGAAAGGGGCAGCGGAGAAGCCAUACAUGGUGGAGGAGGCAGUUUCCUAUAAUGAGCUGGACUACAUUUCGGUUGGGCUGGAUCAGCAAACGGUGACUCUGGUGUGCACCAAUCGGAGGAAGCAGUUCCUGCUGGACACCGCGGACGUGGCUCUCACCGAGUUCUUCCUGGUCUCCUUGAAGUCAGCCAUGAUCAAAGGGUGCCGGGAGCCGCCGUACCCCAGUAUCCUCACAGAUGCCACCAUGGAGAAACUGGCACUCGCAAAGUUUGUGGCACAGGAGUCCAAGUGCGAGGCCUGCGACGUGGUUGUGCGUUUCUAUGGCCUCGUUCACUGGGAGGACCCCAUGGACGAGGCGCUGGGACCCACCAACAAUAGCUACACCUCCACCGAAAACGCGGUCACCAAGGACGGCAUCCUGCACUACAAGGCGGGGACCUCCUACCUGGGCAAGGAGCAGUGGAAGACCUGCUUUGUGGUGCUCAGCAAUGGCAUCUUGUACCAGUACCCAGACCGCACAGACGUCACCCCUCUGCUCUCCAUCAACAUGGGUGGCGAGCAGUGUGGGGGAUGCCGGCGCUCCAACACCACCGACCGGCCCCACUCCUUCCAGGUGAUCCUGACAGACCGGCCCUCCCUGGAGCUGAGCGCCGAGAAUGAGGAAGACAUGGCAGACUGGAUGCAGUACUUCUGCCAGGCUGUCUCCAAAGGGGUGAUCCCCCAGGGUGUCGCCCCUACGCCUUGCGUCCCUUGCUGCCUCGUGCUGACGGAUGAGAAGGCUUUCACCUGCCACGAGGACUGCCAGACAAGCUUCUUCCGCUCGCUGGGCACUGUGGAGCUGACGGACAUCACCGCCAUCUCCACGGAGGCCGGCAAGGAGUACUGUAUCCUGGAGUUUGCUCAGGACAGCAAGCAGUUCCUGCCCCCCUGGGUCCUCUAUUUUAGUUGCACUACAGAACUGGAGAGGUUCCUCUUGGCGCUGAACGCCGCAUGGAGGAACAUCUACCAGGUCGACCUCCUGCACAAGGCCAUUCUGGACACCGCCAUCAAGAAGAAAUGCGAAGACGCUCAGAGCCUCAUCGACAGCGCCUGGCAGCGCAGCGACAGCCUCUGCCGCGGGCGAGCAGAGCGGGACCCCUGGUGUUAACCCUAGCUGGGGGGGAAGGAUGACUGAUGGGGGCCCAUUUUUGGAGAGCAGGACCUGUAUCUGGCUGCCCCGCAGCCAACUGGCACCCCAAACCCUCCUGCCAUCGCUUGGUCCCUACCAAGGAACGUGCCUGCGGGCGUGGACCCUGCACCCCGUCCCCCACCACGCUCUCCACCGAGUCGGGGACGUCCAGCGCGUUUGGGGAGCCACCGGACACUUCACCACGCUGGAGGCGAGGCCGAGCUCGGCCGCUUCCCUUGCACAGCCAUGCAGGCGAGCCUGCGCCUUCCUCGUCAUCCAGCUGCCACGGGGCAAAAUAAUUUGCCUUUCAUGGAAUAAUAUCCCACUAGUAGUGAGGGAGAGGGUGGCAGCGGGGUGCGCUGAGGAUGAGCAUCCCCCCGUCGUGGCAGGGAGCGGGACCGAGGACUUGUUCAUUUUAGAACAGGGUAGGGAUGCGGAGGUGGCGAGAUGGGAACAGUAAAUCGCUGCUGUGCAUGUUUUCUCCUUGCUAAUACAAUCACCGAGUACGACACUGCUUCUCCUCCUCCUUCUCCUGGUGUUUCCCAGGGCCGCGCGCCUCUGGACAUCACAAAACCAUUCCCCAGCCUUCAGCCUGUCGAUGAGAUUUGAGGCUAAGGAAGAAGGACCGGGGCCAAAAAUUUGGCCUUAAAUACCCCAGCACGGUUUUAGGAGAUCUCGGAAGCUGGUUUGAGGUUUGGACGCUGGCCCUAUGUGCUGGGGGAGAGAAGAGAUCGAGUCUGAUAUUCUUCAGGUGUCCUAAGGGACGUUGUCACAUAGCUGCCACCGACCGUGUCCCCAUCUUCUUGGCUCACUGCAUCCGAGGCCAGCGAGGACCCAUCGCCGCUUGCCCUCUACAGC